CUUCCUCCUUCACCAGCUCGCUGGGUUUUCUCUCUAACUCACUGAAGAGAGCCAUUUUCUCACGAAGAACGAGCUCGACUGUUUCAGCCAUGGAUUGCAAUUCAAGCUGCAUGUUGGUACUACGCGGCAAAUCGCCGGCGGAAAAUAAGAUUGCUGAGGCGCUGAAGAACACGAAGGCUCUGAAGCUCAGUGACGACACUGAGCUUUCGAUUCUGUUGGACUCGGAAUCGGAGAAGCCGUUCAAGGAAGGCGAAGCUUUUGGAGUCGAUUCGUUCAUGAAGUCUCUUUCUACCGAUCGGUUCGGUAGGUUUUUGCUUUGGUCGCCGCGCUUGCCGUCGACGCAGGACGUCGUUUCUCAGAAUUUCUGUGAGCUUCCGAACGGUGCGGUUUGUGUUGCUGAUGUUCAGUUCAAAGGGAGAGGCCGGUCGAAGAAUGUGUGGGAGUCUCCCAAAGGUUGCUUGCUGUUUUCCUUUACUCUGCAGAUGGAGGAUGGGCGAGUCGUGCCUCUGAUACAAUAUGUGGUGUCUCUAGCCAUCACGGAGGCCAUAAAGGAUGUUUGUGAUAGAAACGGCUUGCCAUAUAUUGAUGUUAGAAUAAAAUGGCCAAAUGAUCUUUAUUUAAAUGGCCUCAAAGUUGGAGGCAUUUUAUGCACGUCAACAUACAAGUCAAAGAAGUUCAAUGUGUCUGCUGGUGUCGGCUUGAAUAUAAAUAAUGAGAAACCAACCACAUGCUUGAAUGCAGUACUUCGAGAAUUGUCUGCUACAACAUACCAGUUUAGAAGAGAAGAGAUUCUUGCUGCCUUCUUUAACAAGUUUGAGAAGUUUUAUGAUCUUUUUAUGCAUCAAGGAUUCCAAUCUCUUGAGGAGCUAUACUAUAAGACAUGGCUACACAGUGGGCAGAGGGUUAUUGUGCAGGAAAAGAAUGACGACCAAGUGGUGGAGAACGUGGUCACUGUUCAGGGUUUGACAUCUGCGGGAUAUUUGUUAGCUAUUGGUGAUGACAAUCAAAUGUGUGAACUCCAUCCUGAUGGCAAUAGUUUUGACUUCUUCAAGGGACUAGUCAGACAAAAACUUCACUAAAGAGGAUUCGUUGGCCCCUUUGCAUCACUGGCUAGAUCUCACUGCACUGUGUGCACUGCUGGAGAAUGUUUGGUCUUUAUAUCUAUCUAAACUUCUGU